UCUAUAUAUGCUGCUAUAGCUGCAGACUGACCAUACGCCAACUCAUUUUACCUCUGUUGUGACACGGAACCUCGAGUGGAUGCUUCUUCGCAAGUAGAAUGCGUUCGUCGGUGACCGCAGCUGCGCUGCUGUACGCGGCGGCUGCUCUAGCUGGCGUGGUUAACGCAACGGUCGACAGUGGCGCUGAGGAGUUGCUUAUAGGAUGGAAAGGAGAGACGUACGAGUCGCGAAAAGAUGAAGCGAGCCGGGAGGUUUCUGCGCGGGAGCGGAAGAUGCAAGAUCGCUAUGGGGCGGAGCCUUGGAUUGAGACCAUCUCCUGGAGCCCCCGCGCCUUCAUCUACCACAACUUCCUAUCGGAGGCCGAGUGCGACCACCUCACAGACAUUGGGAAUAAGCGGGUGAGUCGCUCUCUGGUGGUGGACAGCAAGACGGGGCAGAGCAAGCUGGACGACAUCCGCACAAGCUACGGAGCCGCGUUCGGGCGCGGCGAGGACCCGGUGAUUGCAGCGGUUGAGGAGCGGAUAGCGGAGUGGACACACCUGCCGCCAGAGUACGGAGAGCCCAUGCAGAUCCUGCGCUACGUGGACGGACAGAAGUACGACGCCCACUGGGACUGGUUCGACGAUCCGGUCCACCACGCCGCCUACCUGCACGAGGGCAACAGAUACGCCACCGUGUUGCUCUACCUCAGCGGUGUGGAGGGCGGCGGCGAGACCAACCUGCCACUGGCGGACCCCAUCGACAAGGAGGCACAGACCCUGCCUGACGCCUCCCCCUGCGGCGCCAAGUACGGCAUCAGUGUCAAGCCGCGCAAGGGCGACGCGCUCCUGUUCUUUGACAUGGACAUCGAGUUCUUUGACAUGGACAUCGAGGGUGGCAAGGGCGACCGCAAGGCUCUGCACGCGUCCUGCCCAACCCUCAAGGGCAUGAAGUGGACGGCCACCAAGUGGAUCCACAACAAGCCCUACAUGGGCAAAUACGACCCGCUGCGCACCGCCGGCCGCUGCGCCGACACCGGCGGCAACUGCGCGGCGCGGGCGGCGGCGGGCGAGUGCACGAGCAACAUGGACAAGAUGGUGGGCCCGGCGGGCGAGUGCCGCAAGAGCUGCAACGACUGCGUGGACUGCCCGGCCGGCGACAUCCUGUGCGCGCGGAGGAACAUGCGGAGCCUGGUGCGCACGCGCGCGGCGGCGGCGGCGGCAGCGGCAUCGCGCUCGUCGAGCUGAUUGGCGGGGAUGGCUGUGGCGGGGAUGGCGGGGGCAGUGGUGGGGGUGGUGGGAGAUGGGCCCCGGUGUGCCGGUGGGCGGAUCAACGGCAUGGGGUUUGAGUUGCGUGGACUGCCGUAGGAGUGACUGGGUUUCCACGGGCACAUGCAGCAUGCACAUGGAAAAGAGCUUGAUGAAGUGGGGGUUGUAGAUACCGUCCCAAAGGGGGAGAGGCGUGCGCGCGUUGGAUUCCACUGCAAAGGAAGAGGAGGUGCGUGGAGGUGACCAGACCCCAAGAACUACGAUGAAGCUCGGACGGUGUUUAGGUGCACCCCAAAGAGGUUGUGAGGUUGGAGCUGGCUCAGCUACUGAGCUUGCUAAGAGGCAUUUGCGUUUUGAAGGGUGGGGCGUGCGGGGUACGCGGAUGGGAGCGGUCCGCACAUGGCGAGGUGGGGACAGAACUGCUUCCGAGAGGCCGUGAACACCGUUCAUGGUUGUUCAGUCCUGCGUAUGAGGCUUUUCAACGUGCAACUAUUCCCUUGAUAGGGAGGCCACCUUCAUUGCGUAGAGGUAGACUCCUGACCGUUUUUGGAAGGGAGAGAGGGGGUUGGGAAAUGGGGGAGAGGGGGAGGCUGAGUCACCGCGGCCAAGACCGCGGCCGCGGGCCCUCAAUGGCUCCAUCCUCCAUCUGUG